CAUAUGUUUUAUAUAGAAUCUAAAAAUGUGUUUAUGUUUUUGUUUUUUUUACAACUAGUUCCAGGUCAUCAAGGGUGUCUCGUGUUUGGUCAAAUCAAAGGCAAGUCUUGUGUCUUUAUGCAAGGAAGGUUCCAUCUCUACGAGGGCUACUCAUUGUGUAAGGUCACGUUCCCUGUGAGGAUCUUCAAACUGAUGGGUGUAGAGACCAUUGUUGUAACAAAUGCCUCUGGAGGUCUUUGUCAGGAUUUCAAAGUGGGAGACAUCAUGGUCAUUAAGGACCAUAUUAACUUGCCAGGGUUUGCUGGGCAGCACCCACUGUGCGGACCCAAUGAUGAACGAUUUGGGAUUCGGUUUCCUUGCAUGUCUGACGCUUACAGCAAAGACCUGAGGAAACUGGUUUUGGACAUAACUGCUGAGUUGGGCUACUUGAAUUUUGUGCAUGAGGGAGUCUACUGUAUGGUUAGUGGACCCAACUUUGAGACCAUCGCUGAAGCACGCAUGCUGCACAUCUUGGGAAGUGACUCUGUUGGCAUGAGCACGGUUCCUGAGGUGACGGUAGCCAAGCAUUGCGGACUGCGGGUCCUGGGUCUCUCUCUCAUCACCAACAAGGUUUCUCUGGAUUACAGCCGCGAGGAGAAGGUGAAUCACGAGGAGGUGCUGCAGAUCAGCAAGAUGAGAGCCGAGAUGCUCCAGAACGUGCUUGUUACCUUCAUCGCUCGCUCUCAUCAAGUGGAGACCAUCAACAACAGCAAUUGCAUUUACUCAAAUGCUGUGUAAGGUCAAUCAAACCAGAUUGAGGGCACUGUGAAAGUCAUUUGAAUGUCUAAUGCUCUAAAAGAUCUAAAAGGCUCACUGUUAUGGCUCUUUUUUAUUUGGUUGGUUGUUGUCAGAUGUCGCUGUGCCUUUGUGGAGGAUAUAUUUGAUCUUCAUAAUGUGAUUGUUGCUUUGUUACACUAUUGUCUCCCUGACUAGGAAAUAUUAAAAAAAAAAUCUAAAAUGUGCAAUGUAAAUAAAUCUCCUUCAGUUGAAAUGAUAUAAUAAAGCAUUUGACUGCUGUGAUGGAGCAUGCAUUCAAAAGCAAAAAAUAAAAUAAAAUAAAAAUAAUAAAUUAUAAAAAAA